UCUCCUCUUUCAAAGGAUUCCUGAGUUCUUCUUCUUCUGGAGAGAGACCUAUGGAGAGGUCUGCCAUCACCAGUCCAUUGAUAGCGAAUAUCGUUGUCGUUUGCUGCGUCGUGAAGAACGAGAUUCGUUGUUUGCCGACUACACAGUCUCUAGAUAUAACCAUCUUGCUCUCGCAUAUACUCUCUUCUCUGUUCUGCCGUCAGAUUCCGAUGACGGCAGAGUUACGGUAGUGGUGGAGUUGGCAAAAUAGAGAGAGAUUGGCGAGGCUUAUUGAAGGUUGUAAGAGAAGGUCUCGACGACGAAGUGGUCGAUGGUGGUGGUUUGGACGACGGUGACGAGAUCGAGCUCGCGGAGGUGGAAAGAUAAAGUGGUUGUUGGCCUCUGUUGUUCGCUGCAUUAGGUUUGGGUCGAGUAAGACCUCGUUUUGGACGGAGAUGAGGUGAUUGCCAGUUAACCCAUGAUUUUGAUAUGAAGAACAAGAUUUUGCUUAUACAUGUGAGAUGUGGUCUCAUGCUUGAUGCACGCAAGUUGUUUGAUGAUAUUCCUGAGAAAGGAGCAAAUCUUGAAGGGGCUAUGUGGAAAUGGAUUUCGCAGAUGCAAUUGGAUUCCUACAGGUCCAUUAGAUAUGGCGAGCAUAAUGAUAUCAGAAUCAUUGAAGAUUCAUGUUGCUUGAAGGCUAUUAUAUUUUAUAACAUUAAUAAUUCUCCUUUGAUUGUUGGAUACGACUACCAGUGGGAUUUCAAGGAGGCUGUCUCUGAUCCUAAAAAGGUUGUGGAAUGUUUGAGAAACAUCAUGGCAAAGGGAUCAUGCUCUUCUAGUUUCAUUUUGAUGCACCCAUAUUUGGAGUACUGUCUUGGCAUCCUGCCUUUCUGUGUUGAGUAAAUGGAUUAAGGAAUGCAUUUGUUGUAAUGGAUUAACUAAAUGGAAGAAGUGCAUUGUCAUUCCAUAUUUGAAAAUCUUUCUACAAUUGAUUCUAAAAUCAAAAUAUAUUAUGAGAAAAAGCUUCUGAAUGCCAGAAUUGAAUCCAAAAA